CAUAAAAUAUCUAAACUGUAUGAAUAUUUUUAACUGCCCAGUAAUAAAAUUAUCUAAGUCAUCAUCUAAUCUAAACUGUUUACUUUUCAUUUCAGAGUCAGAAUCCAGAUCCAAGUGAGGAAAACUGAUUUUAGUCAUUUUAAAUUUGGGUCAUACAGAAAAAAAUGUCAGACAUAAAUCUUACUAUAAUGGAAGAAUUUAUCCUCCUGGGAUUUUCUGAAUAUCCCAAUGUCCAAGUAUUUCUUUUUGUUACUUUUUUGGUCAUCUACAUAAAUAUAUUAUUAGGUAAUGGUCUCAUUAUCAUAAUCACAAAUUUAGAAGCAGCUCUUCAAACACCUAUGUAUUACUUCCUUGGAAACUUCUCCUUUGUGGAAAUUUGUUACACAUCAGUUACCCUCCCCAGAAUGCUUGUGAAUCUUUGGAGUCAGAAAGGAAAUAUUUCUCUACUGUCAUGUGCUGUACAACUUUGUUUCUUUCUUAUUUUGGCAGCUGUAGAGAGCUUCCUCCUUGCUGUGAUGGCUUAUGACCGCUAUGUUGCCAUUUGUAAGCCACUCUACUAUCCUAUAAUCAUGAAUCAUAAGAUGUGUAUGAAAAUGGUUGUGGGCUCCUGGGUCAGUGGGAUUCCAGUCAUGAUCAUGCAAACAUACCAGGUUUUCUCUGUGCCUUUUUGUGGUUCUAACAAACUCAAUCAUAUUUUCUGUGACAUGCCCCCCUUAUUGAAGUUGGCAUGUGGAGACAUCUCUGGGGAUGAAUUCUUUCUUUUUGUUGAUUGUUUCCUGUUUGGUUUGAUUCCUUUUCUGAUGAUACUCAUGUCUUACAUUAGAAUCCUCAGCACUAUCCUGAAGCUCCCAUCUACCACUGGCAGAUCCAAAGCCUUCUCUACUUGUUCCUCUCAUGUUAUGGUUGUUUGCUUAUUCUAUGGUUCUGGUUCAAUUGCAUAUUUUCAGUCUGAGUCCAGUUCUUCAGGCAGUAGAGAUAAGAUCUUCUCUGUAUUCUACACCAUCGUGACACCAAUGAUUAAUCCUAUGAUUUAUAGUCUGAGGAAUAAGGAUUUUAUUGCAGCAAUGAAAAAAUUAUUUCCUAAAUGGGGAGGAUAA